AUGGCUAAAAGAAGGCAGAAAAAGAGAACGCAUGCGCAGAUCACACCCGAGCAGGAACGAGAUAUUCCUAAAUCCAUGGUAAUCAGAGUGGGACAAACUUCAUUGGCUAACCAUUCUCUAAACCAAUUAGUAAAGGAUUUUCGCCAGAUCAUGCAACCGCAUACGGCCGUAAAACUAAAAGAGCGCAAGUCCAAUAAACUGAAGGAUUUUGUUGUUAUGUGUGGCCCAUUAGGUGUUACGCAUCUUUUCAUGUUCACUCAAUCUGAAAAAACAGGAAAUGUCUCGCUAAAGAUAGCUAGAACUCCACAAGGUCCUACUGUUACUUUUCAAGUAUUGGACUAUUCACUGGGUAGAGAUAUCAAAAAAUUUUUGAAGAGACCUAAAUCGUUAAAUAAUGAUGAUGUAUUAAAUCCUCCAUUGCUAGUGUUAAAUGGGUUUUCCACAUCGAAAAGAUCUGAUGAAGACGAUCAGGAUGUAAACGUGGAGAAGGUUAUUGUUUCCAUGUUCCAGAAUAUUUUCCCACCUCUGAAUCCUGCAAGAACUUCGUUGAAUUCUAUCAAACGUAUAUUUAUGAUCAAUAAAGACAGAGAAACGGGGGAAAUUUCUAUGCGCCACUAUUUUAUUGACAUUCGAGAAGUAGAGAUCUCUAGAAAUCUAAAAAGGCUUUAUAAAGCCAAAAAUAAUCUAAGUAAAACAGUGCCGAAUUUGCAUCGAAAAGAAGAUAUUUCUUCUUUGAUAUUAGAUCAUGACUUAGGCGCCUAUACAUCAGAAUCUGAAAUUGAAGAUGACGCUAUUGUGAGAGUGGUUGAUAAUCAGGACGUGAAGGCAAAACAUUCUCAAACUUCGCUGUCGCAAAAAACACCCGUUAAAAUGACAGAUAACGAAGAACGUGAAAAAGGAAUUGAAGAAGAAGAUGUGGAAAUGGAGGAACCUAAGCCUUCAGAAAAUUCGCAACCAACUCCACGUAAGAAGGCUAUCAAACUGACUGAAUUAGGACCAAGAUUAACUCUAAAACUGGUCAAAAUAGAAGAUGGUAUUUGUUCAGGUAAAGUAUUACAUCAUGAAUUUGUUCAAAAAUCAAGCGAAGAAAUCAAAGCCUUAGAAAAGAGACACGCUGCAAAAAUGAGGCUGAAGGAACAAAGAAGAAAGGAACAAGAAGAAAACAUUGCUAAAAAAAAGGCUGUUAAAGAUGCUAAAAAGCAACGUAAAUUGGAAAGAAGAAAAGCUAGAGCAGAAGAACAGGGUGAAGGUCAAGGGAAAGAUGGUGCAAUGAGCGAUGAUGGAUCUUCAUCGAGUGAAGAUGAGCAUUAUAGUGAUGUACCAGAGGAUUUGGAUAGUGACUUAUUCAGUGAAGUAGAAUAA